CCACUGGACCCAGUUUUUUUGUUCUUUUUGCCACACACACACACACACACAUGUCAAUGCAACAAAGAGGGAAAGAGACCGACAGAGAACCUCCAACCUGGCUACCCUUCUUCCUCGUGGCAGCGACAAUGGCAAAAUAUGAGCGUGGCCAAUGAUGAGACUGCGGCAAAUGGUGGUCGCCGCGGUCAUGGGAGCUGGCCAAUGCCCUUUGACACAGUACGGGAGGAGACAGAGUACACCUACACAUCUACACAUACACAUAUGCCAUUGCAGCACAACAAACAAUCAGAGUCAUGACCAUCUGCCUGUCAGCCAGUCUUGUUGUUGAUGAUGAUGUUGUUGUUGUUGCUGCUGUCGCUGUUUGUCAAAGGGAGGAUGUCAUCGUCGUUGAGGGCAGUCAAGGACAACCAAGGACAACCAAAGACAACCAAGGACAAUCAAGGACAAACAAGGGACAGCCAUCUU